ACUCGUGCCCAUCUGUAUAGAGUUUGAAUUACUGAUACAAGCAGUGUUAAAAGCAAUGCUGCCAUUUCUACCAGUCAUUAAAAAUGAAUUUCCCUUUCGUAAAUGUAUCGUCGGCUUGUAAUUUAACCAUUUUAUUGUAUAUAUAUUUAUACGAAUACGUGUUUCUUUGAAUCAGUAAUGUACAGGAAAAAAAUGGCAACUGGUUAAAUUGUGUUUAUGAUACAGAGAUUUUUGUCAUUUCUCUCGUGUAUUCUAUCUACUCUAGCUUGAAUCAAUGAUUUUUCAAGGAUAUACCUGCAAAAGGUUCUUUAGUUGGAGAAACUCACUCAAUGUUUAGUGGGCUUUGACUUUGAGAUACAAAUAUUUAAUUGUAUUAGACCGUGGCGUAAGUGACAAUCAAAAUUAAAGCCACAGUCAAACACACCUCAUUCUCAUAGCAUGAAUUCAAUUACAUGUAUUGUGUGUAGUUGUUAUGUCUCAAUCGUGAGAUAUGUUAAUGCCUAUGAAAAUUUUACUGAGCAAAAUCAAAAUUUUAUUGAAGCUUGUUAUCUAUCCAAGAAUUUCCUUUAUUAAACGCUGUACAUAUCCAAUCUAAAUAAUUUUUAUGUUGUGUGUAUAUGCACAUUUCAUAAAUGACAAAUAAUUAGUUUGAUUUAUUCUACAUGCUAUACAUGUACAGAAUUUAAAAAAGGUUUUAUAGAAAGAAAGAAAAAAAUAACUUAUUCUUUUAGAAUAAACAAUUUGCACAAUCUAUUUUGCAUUAACAUUAAUCUGUGAACCAUGCCUGGAGAACCAUCCGUAACAAGCGCUAACAAAGCAAGCGGAAAAACGAAAAGAAUCUCAAUACCUCGUGUACAAAGCAGCACAGAUACAGAAUUGCAGUCACAACAGAGUCAAAGUGGCUCUACACCAUUACAGCCUGUAGCACUGCACUAUGUAAGCUUUCGAUCAGAUAUCGAGGAAAGUCCUAUACCACCCACAUUGCGUUGUCGAUUAUUUGACCUAUUUCAACAAAUUGAAAAAGAAUUUGAGAUGCUCUGCACAGAAAAUCUUGGAUUACAGGAGAAAAUAGAUAUAUUGAAUGAUCGUCUGGAAAGGGAAUGCUAUGGAUCUGGAGAACGCAGCCUACCUCCAGGGGACAUUCCAGACUACCCAGAUACAAAAGCACUUUCAAAACAAAAAUCUAUGGUUGGCUCAUCUGCCCAGAAAAUAAAGACUUCACACAAACUCAAAGCUCAAACUAGUAAAAUUGUAUCAAGUUUUAAGAAUCCCACUAUGUCCUGUACUAUGCAAAGAGAAUAUGUUGGUCAUAGAGAUGGUGUAUGGGAAGUUUCAGUAGGUAGAUUGGGUCAACCAAUUAUAGCAACUGCUUCUGCAGAUCAUACAGCACGAGUUUGGGCAUCAGAUUCUGGACGCUGUUUACUACAAUAUAUAGGUCAUAAUGGUUCUGUAAAUUCUGUUAGAUUUCAUCCAACUAGGGAUCUUGCUUUGACAGCAAGCGGAGAUGGUUCUGCUCAUGUAUGGCAAGCAGCAGUUGAUUGGGAUUUGCCUAAAAGAGUACCAUCUAUGGAAGAGCUUCCAACAAUGGGUGCAGAAAGAACAGCUGCAAGCAGCAUUAUUAGUAACAAUGAGGAACAAGAGGAACCUCCUACUUUACGAACUCCAAUACGAGAACUAUUAGGUCAUACGGGUGUUAUUAUGGCAGCAGAUUGGUUACCUGGUGCUGAACAAAUAGUUACAGCAUCAUGGGAUAGAACUGCAAACUUAUAUGAUGCAGAAACUGGAGAAAUAAUUCAUACUCUCUGUGGACAUGAUCAAGAACUAUCACAUGUAUCCACUCAUUAUAUGCAAAGAUUAUGUGUCACAUCAAGUCGGGAUAGUACAUUUCGUCUGUGGGAUUUUAGAGAACCUAUACAUUCCGUAUCUGUUUUUCAAGGUCACACAGAAACAGUAACUUCAGCAGUUUUUACACGAGAGGAUAAAAUAGUCUCAGGGUCUGACGAUAGAAGUGUCAAAGUAUGGGAAUUACGUAAUAUAAGAAGUCCUUUAGCAACAAUUCGUGGUGAUAGCGCUGCUAACAGAUUGGCUGUUUCAAGUACAGGAAUUGUAGCUAUACCGCAUGACAAUAGACAAAUACGUCUUUUUGAUUUAACUGGACAACGUUUGGCAAGAUUGCCUAGGACUAGUAGACAGGGACAUCGCAGAAUGGUCUGUUCUGUAGCAUGGGCAGAAGAUAGUAGUAGUAUUUGUAAUUUGUUUUCUUGUGGAUUUGAUAGAUUAGUAGUAGGAUGGAGUAUUCUUCCUGUUAAGGAUGCCUGAGCGUCAAAAUCCGUUAUUAGAUCAAUCCUUACGUUAGAAUAAUGUUGAUCACAAAGGCAAUAUAGAAACAAAAUUAGAAAUGUAAUCGCAAACCAAAAAUCCAGUGAUCAAUCCAAUCAAAGAUCCACUUUUCCCAGUCUUACAGACAACUGUAAUGAAUAAUUAUAUUAAGCAGAAGAAUACUGGUACAUAAUGUAUAAUAUCAGCUAUAAUUUAAAAUGAAUCAAUAAAUGAUGAACUUAUUGAUAAAUUUAUGUAUAGAUUAAAUGUGAAAACUUUCUGGUCAUUACAGUGCAAUGUAAUACGUUAUCUAUCAUUUUUGAUAAACGUAUACAUUUACCUGAAUACGCUGUCAUAAGGCAUAAAACUGUAUAGCCCUGAACAAAUAUGUAAUGUAGAUCUAAUCCUAUAGGUUCCCAUACAAUAGAUAAUAAUCCAAACAACUUUGAACAUCCUCCCACAAUAAGUGCUCUAGUUAAAUCUUUGGCAUUAUAUUUGUGUGGCCUUUUUCUGCUAAGCAACCAACGUAAUUCAGUUACAAUAAUUACAGUAGCAAUAAAUACUGUCAAUGUAAUGGCAGUUUGUAAUAGCAGAAUAUAAAAAUUACAGUCUCCUUGAAAUACAUCUCUAUUGCCUAUA